AUGGCUGUGAUGCUUGAGGAGUUGAGGCGUGUUCCCCAGGAGCCCGCGUACGUGGUGACGGGCCUGACGGGCUUGGAGCUGUGGGGAAGCUCCCAGGACAGCAUGCCGUGGAAGAUCGACUUGUCCAUGACCUCCACCCGCGCUGCUUCUGAGGUGUCAUCUGAUGUGUCUGCCGAAACGGCAGUUCCCACGGAAGGAAGCCACGGGCAUCCAGAGCUCUGCCAUCGGCCAUGCCUUUACUUCGCUCGAGGCAAUUGUCAGAGCGGCUAUGAAUGUCGCUACUGUCACUUGUCGCACGAGGAAAGGCCGAUCGUCUUGGACAAGAGCCAGCGAGAGGCUGCCCGACUGCUUUCCAAAGCCCAGAUGCUGUCACUCUUGGUCCCCCACCUGAGCCGCGUGGCGGAGGAGAAGGGCCUCACGGACAAAGUCACAGAAAUACUCCUCUUCGCUUCCCAGCAGCUGAUAGACGCUGGGAGCCCGGAGCCCGCAACCGCGAAGCUCGAGCGCAAGCUCCGAAAGGCACUUCGCAAGAUGAGUUUCUCCGGCUUGCUCGGGCUGCUGCGUCAGACCCUGUCAGAAGGCGAGGCGGCGUGCCUUUCCAAGGCUGUAGAAGUUGCCCGCGUGGCGUUGACGGGAACGCCCAGCCAGAAGCGUUCGUUUUGGCUCUGA